AGUGCAGUUCGCAGUCUGGAAAAGAGAGAGAGAUUACAGGGAAGCUGCAAAGCCAGAAGGCACACUGGAAAGAACAAACCAUGAGUGGGAAAAUCUGGAACCUAUGUCCUUUCCCUUCCAGAAAUGUCGCUCCGGAGCCUGAGACCCAGAGCCUGAAGGACCCAGAGAUUCGGAUUGUGCUGGUUGGGAAAACGGGAGCUGGGAAAAGUGCCACCGGAAACACGAUUCUCGGCAUGGGGGCAUUUGAGGCGGGCAUCCAAACCGAGUCCUGUCACUUGGGAAUCAGGGAAUGGAAAGGGAGGCGGGCUGUCCUUAUUGAUACUCCAGCUUUUUUUGACCUUGAGAACGACACGGCCAAGAAUUCCCCUGAGGCCCAGCACUGCCUCUGUCUUUCCAGACCAGGCCCUCAUGUGCUGGUACUGGUGGUCCGCUCGGAUCAUCACACAAAGGAAGACGAGAAGGCAAUAGAGUGGGUCCGGAAGAUAUUCGGCAGCGAAGCCAUGAAGUACACCAUUAUUGUAUUCACUAGACGAGAUUUAAAUAGUCGACCAUUGAAAGAGUGCCUGUCAGACCCAGAUUACACCGUCCUUCAGAGCAUGACCAAUCACUGCAAUGGCCGGUGGUGCUCCUUCAACAAUGAAGAGGCAGGAGGAAGCCAGGUGGAGGAGCUGCUCUCAAAGGUUGAAGAGAUGGUGCAGGAGAACCAGUACGGUUUCCUCAGCACCUCUAGAACGGCCCAACUUCCCAGGGUUCCUCCAAGGAAAACUCAGGACGAGACAGAGGUGGAAGAAGAAGAACAAACGGAGAUGCUUGUGGCCGUGCAGGAGGCAGCAGACCUGGGAGGAGACGGCUGCCUGGCUCAAGCAACAACAAAUUCACAAGUGACCUCUGAGGAAACUGAGUUGCGCAUCGUCCUCGUGGGGAAGACAGGAGGUGGGAAAAGUGCCACCGGAAACACCAUCCUUGGGAAAAAGUGGUUUGACACCAGCUUCAAGUUAACCCCAGUAACAAAGUGUUGCCAGUUGGGAAUCAGAGAAUGGAAGGAGAAGCGGAUUGUCGUUAUCGACACCCCGUCUAUUUCUGAACCCCAGUAUUCUACCGAGAUCCAGCGCAGUGUCCGUCUCUCCAGCCCGCGCCUCCAUGCUCUGGUGCUGGUUAUCCAGGUGGGCCGUUUCACAGAGGAAGACCGCCAGGUGGUGGAGCAGGUAAAGAAGCUAUUUAGCGACGAGGUCCAAAACUGCUUGUUUGUACUCUUCACCCACCUAGAAAAGUUGCGCAAUGAGAGCUUGGACGAUUAUAUUCAGCGCUCAGAUAACGCACACUUUCAGAAGCUGAUCUGCGACUGCAGCAAGCGAUAUUGUGGUUUCAGCAACAAGGAAACCGGAGAAAAGCAGGCCGCCCAGGUGGAGGAGCUGCUCUCUCAGAUUGAGACGAUGCUGCCAGAGGAUCAAGACGAGUCCUUCUCUCACAUAGAAGAAAGUGAAGUUGCCGAGGCAGAAUCUGAAGGAAGCGGACAGGGAGAGGAAGACGGGGAUCCACAGAUACCUGCUGACAAAACCACAAAUUCACCCCCAGGUUCCAUUGUUUGAACUUUCAGUUUGAAACGGUGGGGGAUGAUAACAGCACCCCCACCCCAUUCUCACGAUCAGGGCUCCAAACUUGGGUGCACCUGGCAUAAGAAAGCUAUUACUCUUUAAUCUGCCACACACACACACACACACACACACACAAAAAGCACUCAGAAAGUUCUUUCAAAUUAACUUUUGGGCACAAAGUUUUGGGCCCUUCCUUACCCUUGGUGAAAGCAGGUCCCUUUAUUUACCUUUUUAAAAGAAAACAGUAUUCUUUCUGCUGCUUUUGAUAGUAGCAGCAGCAGAACUAUUCCGGGCAGCUGGGAGCCCCUACAUCAUAAUGCCCUUCCCCCGCUCCGGGAGCCCCUACGUCAUGACGUAGGAGAUUCCAGAGGAAAAAUAUUUCUCCAGAUAACCCCUCUUGAAAUAAUGCUGCAUUCAGUCAACAGGACACCCUACCCUGAGGAAACCGCACCACCUUCAGAUAACACGAUAAUGCACGGAUCAACAACAACCCACAGUGGGCAAUUUAGCAUGUCAUGUGAGCCCAGUCAUUUUCUUGAGUGCCCCUAGAAUAAGGAUGCUUUGUGGCUCAGGACUCAUGUUGGUUCCAGAAGAUCACCUUUGCCUAUAACUGGCCCGGGAUACAGGCACCACGUGUUCGUUCUUUCCAUCCAGGUAGCUCGUUCGCUCGUGGGUUUCAGCUAAGCCCUAUGAAUUACAUGGAGGUUCGCUUGUUCCUCCUCGUAACUCUUUGCUGCUGGGAUUCUAAGGGCCGGAGGUUCCUGCUUCUUCCUCACACCACCAGCUACUUUACCCAGAGAGAACUGCUGCCUUUCUCCACCUCUUUUUCCUGAAUACCACAUGACUUUCACACUUGGAUCCCCACAGCAUCCUGGAUUCUCUACUGGGCCUUUUUUUUUCUUGGUAAACCCAUUUCCUAAAAAACUGAUUGUGUACAAUUUCUAUGCCUAAAACCUUCUGCAGAGUAGAAACCCUUCCUAGCCCUGAUAUUGCAUUCAGUUCUGGGCACCACACUUCAGAGAGCUUUGGCUAUGGGACGCUAUAUACAUAAAUGUAAUAAAUAAGAAGGACGCAGACAAGCUGGAGCGUGUUCAGAGGAGGGCAACGAGGAUGAUCAGGGGUCUGGAAACAAAGCCCUAUGAAGAGAGACUGGAAGAACUGGGCAGGUUUAGCCUGGAGAAGAGGAGAUGGAGGGGAGACGUGAUAGGACUUUUCAAGGACUUGAAAGGUCGUCACAAGAGAUGUGAAGGCCCGGAAAAAAAAUGAAAUUUUUUUUGGGAAAACGGUUUUUUCCCGUUUUUUUCUGAAGCCUUUUUUGGUUUUUUUCCGAAAAAUUGAAAAAAAAAUGAAGAAAAAACAGAUUACGGGAUGUUUUAUUUUAGCAUGAUGAAUAAAACGUUUAAGACAAGGUGUUCAGAUACUUACUUCUCCAAAUGAUUUCUAAAAACUGUACAGUAUCAGAUUAUUACAAUGUUUGUGCACCAAGGACAAGCAAGUCCUAGGUUGCAAACUGAGAUUACAACUUUCAAAUGCAAGAGCAAGAUGCAUUUCUGCCUCUAGGGGGCACUUCCAUGGAAGCAGAGACUGAAACUAAUACUGAUAGCUAUAGGUCAGAAAAUGAGUCUGAUUAAAUUUCAGGCAUAUUAA